ACAUUUUUUAAGCUAAUUAUCUGCAUUAUGUAUUUGUGUUGUAAUAAAUAUACAUUCUGUUUUAUAAACUAUGUUGAUUUACAAUAAAUAAAUUUUAAAUAGUUUUUCAUCUAUACUGUAUAUUCAUAAUUCGAGCUAAUUUAUCCAAGCUCAAGAGAGCUAAGCCCUAGCUGUAGGUCAGCUCAUUUUCUCAUUCAACAGGCUGAAACUCAUCCCAAAUUUUGAGGUGAACAUGAGCUGGCUCAUGAAUGGCUUGCAUGUUUGACUGCCCUAUCGUGGGAGCUUAAGUUAGUUGACUAGCAAUCCUACCUGAUAAGAUAUAUCAUCAGGAUGAAAGAGCUCUGUUUUCUUAUGGGGUCAAGAAAUCAAUUAAAGUGUUCAAUAUGUUUAGUUGCAAAAACCUUCUAGUCGAACCAUAAGAACUAUGGUUUUCAGUAGGGAUUACACAAUAAUUUUUUGUAAAAUACAACGACACUCCAACGUUGGGCGAGAAACACAUUUAUCCCAAAAGUUUUAAAAUUUUCAUUUUACCGUCAAAAUUAUUUUUUUGUAUCAAUUGGCCUGGCCAUCCAUCUCUGUUAGUAAGCAUUACGAUGUGAUUAUCACGUGAUAAUAAUGUUGCUAUUCUUGAAAUGCCCUGGGAGGUGAGUCAUGUGGCAAGUACUUAAUUCUCUUCUCCCAUUAAUCCCUUGAAGAAAGAAAAAAAGAAAACAAAAGCCCUGAAUGAUAGCCUCCCCCUUCAUUCCCCCAGUCCAUCUGCAGCGCAUAACAUUCUCUUGCACCAUCGAGUUGGCGAUCCAAAGGAGGGACACCAACAUCGGAAUCACCCUUGUGGAUCCAAUCAAAGUUGAAAGUCUCACCGGUGUCAUGCCAGGAGGCAGUGCCGCCACGUAUCGCUUCAGCCCAAUUGAAGUCCGGUUCAAGCCAUCAGGGAGAGGUUAAAAAGGGCAAUGGCUGUGUUAUCCUGCACUGCUCCUGCGGACUCGAUCAAAACCUGGAAGUCCGACCAGUGCCGCGGUAGGACGCAAAGCGUUGCUGUCAUGUCUCGCUUCGCCUUGAUCAAUGCUCGGUUCGAAUCCUUUAGCAAGAGGUUGAACAAUAUGGUGGUAGCGUUAUCUAGCGCCAUGCUCUGGAAGAGGGGGCUCAGCACCGAGUUUGAGUAAUUCGAGAGAAAGCAACAGUUUCUUUGACAAGGAUGAUCCAAUAAUGCGAGAGAGUGCUAGGGUUUCUUUAAGGAGUCAAGGCUCACACAAUUGGAUGAUCGAUGGUGAAUAAAUUAGUUUCUCAUGGUGAUCGUAGUGGUGAUGGUGGAUCAAUGAACUCCAGAGGAACAAUUGAUCAUCCAGGGAAGGUGAAUUAACCUCUUGUGCUAGUGGAUCAUUCUUAAACAAAGGUUGGUGACAGGGCCUCGGCUCAAGUAUCUAACGGAGAUGUUGGAGUUGAAAUUAGACAAGUUGGAGGAGUUGUGAGGGAGGUCAUGGAGAUGUAUCGCAUCAAUGCUCGAGACCAUGAGGACAUGGGCUUAGCAUUAGAGGAUCCCACAUCGAGCUUCUGGGGCUGGAACUCAAUGAUGGAUUCAGAGACAAUGGUUGAGUUGUGAGGAAGGGGUUCCGAGUUUACUUUUUUACUAUAAUUUUUUACAAUCAAUAUUAAGGGUAUUUUAGUCAUUUUACUCAAUUAAUAAUGUCAGGGGAUAGAUAGAUGGCCAUGCCACAUUGACACAGAAAAAUAAGUUUCGAUGGUUAAUUGAAAAUUUUUAAACUUUUGAGGACAAUGUGUUUCUCGCCCAAAGUUGAAGGGGCAUCGCUGUAUUUUUUUCCAAUAAUUUUCUUUGCUGGUAUAAAUAUGCUUGUUUAAAAAUUAUUUUGCAAGAAGAGAUUCAUUUUUAUUGUGAAGAUGGAACCGAGAAGAUUGUUGUUACAUUUUCCCCCUAAUUUUUGUAGCUUGUUGGAGCUACAGUUCAAUAGUCAUACAAAGUUAAGUGGUCUUACAUGUAUUGCAUCUGGCUUAUAAGUUCUAAGCUGAUAUCUUUAGAACUAUUUUGUGUAGACUUAAAGCUAUAUGUAGCCUUUCCAAAUGAUUUCUUAAGUCUAAAUAACCACAUAUUUUCACCAGGAUUAAACUACUUUUUGAAUAAUCUGUGCAAAAUUGUAGUGUCCAUAGGGUAGUUGCUAUUUGAGUCAUUAUCUUAAAUUGAUAGAUUUUAGUCUCCGUAUUGGCUCUUCAUAAUGGUGGAAGAUGGGUUCACGUUGAGCUUUGGCACAAUGGUAAGGUUGCUCCACUAUAACCUUGAGGUCAUGGGUUCGAAAUAUGGAAAUAGCUUCUCCUGGGUGGGGGUAAGGCUACAUAUAUCUAACCCUUUGCAUACCCCACAAUGGCAGGAGCCUCGUGCAUUAGACCACCUUUUUUUAGUCUCCAUGCUAACCAAAAGUAAAGUACAUGGGAAUUGGGUUUUGUUUUUUGUUGGGAUCCCUGGACAUUGUAGGUCUGAGCAUGCAGUAUCAUUGAUGAUAUAUAAGAAGUAAUGACAAACAAAUGAUUUGUCAAGAUUUAUCAUCAUAGCUAUGUAUUAUGAUCUUGAUCAUCAUCUUUGUCAAAUCUCUGUAACUUGACAUAUUUCUGGUUCUUUUAUAUUUUUCUGAUUUCGAGAAUGUUUAGACUUCCAAGUGUGUCUUUUCACACCUGGGAACCCAAAUAGUGAAACAUCAGGAAGUAUCUGCUCAUGUCCCGGAGAAGAAAUUUGCCCAAGUAACUGUUAUUUCUAUAAAAUCUAGAGCUAACUCAUCUGGGUUGUGCUUGUGGUCUGGAUGAAGUUGUUUGGUGGCUCAAAGGACAUUUUGCGACUUUUUUAAACCUCCAAAAGUUUUUUCCUCUAUUUCUUCAUAUAUUGCUGCCACUAGCAACUUUUUCGAAGGUCUUAAUCUGAAUAUCAAGUGUGCAUGCUGCAUGUUUUUAUUUAUUUAUUUAGAGCAUUAUGUCUUUGUAUUCUGACUUUUCUUUUGAUUAUAGUGUCUCCAAUGGCAUGUGGUUCAUUAUCUGUCCCUGCUGCCCUUGCCAGCCUUAGCCUUGGUUCAGAAACAAAAAUGUUUUUUCAGAGAUCCAGAAUGCCUCCUCGUAAAUACUCAUCUAGGAACCUCAGAAUCCGUGCAGUACAAGAAACUGAGGGGCCACGGAGGUUGGUUGACAUCAUUCGUAUCAUCCCAGAGGUCUCAAGGAACUAUUUCAGAAGCCGUUCUCGGCGAGCGCUUUUUGGUGGUAUCUCAUUACUAGGAGGCUUCUAUGUUGCACAGACCAUUUCUCUGUCCUUCGGUGCUUUGGGUGUGAAUGAUGUGAUUGCUGCAGUGUUGUGUGUUCUUCUUACAGAGUAUGCCACUAAAUUUUAUUAUAGUCGGCCUAAGAUAACCUUUCCUCUUGCCCUCCUCAACAACUUUAAGAUGGGAUUCACUUAUGGCCUUUUUAUUGAUGCUUUCAAGCUGGCUAGUUGACAGGAAGUUCCCAAAAAAAGAAGUCAUGAAUCUCUCUGUUUAAAAUUGUGAGAGAUUGCCUUGUCUUGGCUUGAAGUACAUACCAUGGUACAGAUUUACUUUCUAUUUAAGAGUUCUGUUCGAUGUGUACUGAUCUGAUUGAAUACAGAUGUGAUUAUGUGACCAGAAGACUUUUAUUUUGUUGAUACGACCUCCUCAUUAGCAAUCUGUUCCUGUCCUUUGUUGUUGCUUUAAAUUUUCAGCUAUCAACGGGAUAUGUUAUUGGAACCUUAAAACAUGUGUAAGGAAUCCCUAGUCCUCUUAUAUGAUAUAUCAUUGCAUUGAUUAUUGUGGUUCCUUUGGCAGUAUGCAUCGGGUCAUGAAUGUUGAAACUUUGCAAUGCCAGGGUCUUCUCACUUUAAAAUCAGGCCAUUGAUUGCCAAGAGGAGCAUGGUCAGAUCAUUUUGGGUUAAUAUAAUCCAGUGUGCUUCCAUCCUCUCUCCUAGAUUAUGUACAGAAUGGUGGGAAAAAUCUGCAAACUGUAAUGUCUCAGAAAAACUGCAGUAUCCUUAGCUAAAGGCUUAAAAUAUGGAUUCUUUAUCAUCUUCAGUAUCCCUUGACUUCUGGUUUCUGCUAACUUUGAAUUCAGCCCUUGGUAUGGAUGUUCUGGCAAAGUGACUUAAUCUGAUAGCUGUGGAAAGUGUGGCAGUUUCUUCCUAUUGCAGUCCCUUCCUAUUUAUCUCCUUUUGAUUAUUCUGGCUUCCUUGGAAGAUGGCAUUUGGCCAUCCGUAUAUGCCAAGUUUCUGGUGGACAAUUAGUACUUUUUUCUGCCAUUUAUAUUUACUGUCCUAUGUAUUAAUGUAAAAUUGCACUUCAGAAGUGCAAAUAGCUGUAUAAUUUUUUAUUGCAGAAUGUAAAUUAUUGUGCUGUGGCUGAUUGUAUCACAUGGACACGUUAUCAAUUAGCAUUAAUAUUUGUGUAUUAGAUCAA